AUGGCUGUGCCCCAGGUUAACGGCGAUGUGCCCGUCCGCCCCAACUCUGCUUUCCUCCAGCACCUCUUGAACUAUCCGUUGAUCAACGACAGCAUCCACACCGUCAAGUCCAACGAAUACGCACAGCGAUCCCUCAAGCUCGGCGACUCGGCGUACCAGACCUUUGCGGCCCCCGUGCUUACCUGGUUCGCCAAGCCCUACGAACUCGUGUCGCCCUACGUUGCGCGCGCCGACUCGCUCGGCGACAAGACGCUCGACCGCAUUGACGAGCGCUUCCCCAUUGUCAAGAAGCCCACCUCUGAUCUGUACAACGACACCCGCAGCCUGAUCCUGCUGCCGUACAACAAGGGAAUCGAGGGCCGCAACCACGUGUACGAGAUAUAUGCCUCCGAGGUCAAGAAGAACGAGCAGAAGGGCCUGGUCGGCCAGGGCAAGGCCGCCGUGUCGACGGCGUUUGUCGUCAGCAACGAGACCCUGGGCUGGCUGAGCAGCUUCCUGGCCGCCAAGAAGGCCGAGGCCUCUGGCGCCGCCAAGGAAAAGGUCAACCAGUAA